CAUCUCAGGACGUGUUCAUGUCAUGAGUGUCAUUUAGUCUAGAACAUGUUGUAGCCUACUUGUUGUUUAGCUCACGUUGUUAGGGCAAUGCGCCCUCCGCUGAUAAAAUAAUGCCUUUAGAGUUCGAGAUCUCAAUCAUGGGUUAGGCCUAUAUAUCCCAAGAUAAAGAAGCAAUCAAAUUACGCAAUUUUAGGAGGUUCACGCCUAUACAACUUUGGUGUAUAGCUUUCGUUUUCUCUUUCUCCCUCCCCAUAUAAAGGGAAAACGGAUAGCGGCCUUGUCAUCUCUCUGCAACAUGGGUUUUCUAAUAUUUUGCCUCAUCGGAACAGUUGGUGUUGUCACUGGUCCUAUCGCUCUGGGGGCCGCUGGAGUGGCCGCGGUCGCCGCAAUGGCCGCAGCAGGUGCGGGUGCGGGCGCAGCUGCUGCAGGUGCAGGAGGAGCAACUGCAGUUGCACUUCUCAUCUAAAAUCAACUGUAGCCUAAUCGAUAUGCUCUCUUCUCGUCAAACUGAUUUGUUGGGGCAUUUGUGGAAUGGGGCUGGUGACCAUCAUUUUAAGAAUGUCAAUUGACCUUGAAUAAAAUUCUGAAGCCAAAUUAGUUUCUCGUUGAUUAUGCCUAUAUACGCAAUGUAGCCAUCUACACAAAAUUUGUUUCUCGUUCUCAGAGGGAGAGUUCAGCAUAUUGUGGCUGAAUUUCAGAGCUGUCCUGAACACAGCAAGAACAGAACACCUUUGCUGUAACAAUAAACACCUGAACUGGUUACCUUUAAUUUCCCAAUGCAGAGCUCUGAACAUUCUUUAUUUUGUAAAUAAUGGAAGGGGCCAAGGGGGUGUAGGGUAGACUGUGUACAGUUGAGUACAGGGUACAGUUGAGACAUCCGUAAUAUCUUUAGUGCGCAAACAUGCUUCUGCGCUGAUUUUUGCUCUGCACAUGCGUAUAGACGUCCUCUUUCAGCGUGGGAGAUUUGAACUGUGUGUGUGGCUCCGCUACGAAGUUAUCGGCAAAAGUCUGUUUUUGCAGGAUGCCACGAUCGAGAGUUAGGUCUACAAAUAGGGGAGUGCCACCAGAGGACUUAGAGAGGGCUUCCAGGUCUAUUGAGUCAGGAUUGUCAUACAGGAAGGUCGCUGAGAUCUUUGGCAUACCGCUUUCUACAUUGGGCCGCUACAUGAGGAAGAAAGGGACAAUGGCAGCGCAGGGAGUAACAGGGCGUCCCUCAGUAGGCUAAAGGGAGUGCAAUGCUGUGUUUACAGUACAGCAGGAGCAGAGCCUGGUAGCCUAUGUCAAGAAGGCUGCGGCGAUGUAUUAUGGUUUACCGCCAAAAGAGGUCCGCAAACUUGCCUUUGAGGUUGCCAAGACGUACAACAUAAAGAUCCCGGAUAAGUGGAAUGAGAAGUCCAUGGCCAGUGCCAGCUGGUUCACAAAUUUUAUGAAGAGGCAUCACAAGCUGUCGAUCAGAAGGCCCCAGGCAACCAGCCUUUACAGGCAGAGUAGCUUUAAUGAAACGAAUGUGAACAAGUUCUUCACCAAGCUCACAUCAGUGUACAGCAAGUACCAGUUUCAGCCACAGGAUGUCUGGAAUAUGGACGAAACCGGACUCAUGACAGUCCAGAAGCCAGGCCACCUUGUGGCAACGAGAGGGGAACGCCGGGUGGGGAGCAUCACCUCGGCAGAGAGGGGAACCCUCGUGACGAUGGCACUGGCCUGCAAUGCCAUGGGGAACAUCAUCCCACCCCACUUCAUUUUCCCCCGGAAAAGGUUUUUGCCCCAUUUUGUGCUGGGUGGUCCUGAGGGGUGCCUUGGCACAGCCAAUGGGAGUGGGUGGAUGCAGGAGGAGGAUUUCUUGACUUACCUCAGGCACUUUGUGCAUCAUACAAGGGCGUCGGCGGAGAAAAAAGUCCUCCUCCUGCUGGACAAUCAUUCCUCCCACAUUUCAACGGCCGCAAUCAACUACUGCAGAGAGAAUGGGGUGGUCAUGCUGUCCUUUCCACCCCAUUGCACACACCACCUGCAACCCCUUGAUAAGGCAGUGUAUGGGCCAUUGAAGAGGCUGCUUGCAAGUGAGAUGGACCAGUGGCACCGUCACCACCCCGGCAAAACUGUGACAAUCUACGACAUGCCAUCGCUGCUGAACACCAUCCUGCUGGAGGCGGCAUCCCCAAGAAACAUCUUGAAGGGGUUCAGCAGCACGGGGAUUUGGCCGCUGAACAAAGACAUUUUCCCAGCUGAUGUCUUCCUCCCAGCCUCGGUGACAGACAGACCCCCUCCAGUCAUCCCUGGGCCAUCCCAUGACGACCCCUCUCUCUCUCUCCCUGGGCCAUCCAACACUGACCCCUCUGUGAUGUGCAGCGCGGAUCUCUCUCUCUCCAUCGCCGGCCCAUCCAAUGCCGACCCCUCUCUCUCCCUCGCCGGCCCAUCCAACGCCGACCCCUCUCUCUCUCUCGCCGGCCCAUCCAACGCCGACCCCUCUCUCUCCCUCGCCGGCCCAUCCAACGCCGACCCCCCUGUGAUGCGCCGCGCCGACCCCUCUCUUUCUCUCGCCAAGCCAUCCGCCGACCUCUCUCUCUCUCUCUCGCCGGCCCAUCCAACGCGGAUCUCUCUCUCUCCCUCCCUGGGCCUGCUGCCGAUGUGUCAUCACAGCUUCUUGACGGCUCCCUCACCCUUGUGUUCCCAGAAUUCCCAGACUUGGAGUUGGUGACCAUUCUUUUGGGGGAACCUGAAGAAGUUGUCGUCACUACUGAGGAAAAUUAAUUUUCACCCGAGAAUGUCAUGCCCUUUCCACCUGCUGGCCCGAGGAAAGCGAGCAGCAGCAGGAGGAAGAGGAACACAGAGAUCCUCACAGACACUCCAGUAAAGGAGGCUAUGGAGGAGAAGAAGGCUGCACCAAAAAAGGUGAAGCGCAACCAACAUGAAGGAGAUAAAAAAUUUGAGGGAAGGUGGGGAAACAAAAAACAUAUGAGGAUACUCAAUGCCUUGUGUGCUCGGAAUGGUUUUCUGAUUCAAGACCAGGAGAGGAUUGGACGGCCUGCUCUGUUUGCUGUAUGUGGUCCCACACUGCGUGUACCCCUGGUGGUGCUAGUAGUUCCAUGUACACAUGCCACCAUUGUGAGUAGGGCUAACAUGUAUGUAUCUUUGGAAAAAAAAUUACGUAACAAACUUUACAAUUGAAAUAGAUUUUAAAUAUUGAAUACCCAGCUUUUAACCUGACAUGAUGGUUCCUAAAUAUUUGUUAUUAUAUUUGUUACAAGUUUGUUGUUAUUAUAUUUGUUAUAAGUUAUUUGUUUAACCAGUUUUUUAAUAUUAUAUGAUGACAUUGAUGAGUUGAAAAAAUUAAUAAAUGUAGCCUAGGCUAAGCUUAAAAAGUGGAUGUUUGUUGUUUGCUUUACCCUGCUAUUAAUAGAUGGUGUGAUGUAAAUGACAUUGAUUAUAGACUUAUGGAUUGUAGUCUAUGGUAUUUUAACCUAAUACAUUAGAAAAACACAUGAACACAUAAUUAUUUCAAUGAUUUAAAUACAAAGACAAAGACUGCAAAGACUGGCAUGUCACAUUUCCAGUGUUUUCAAUGGAGUCUCAACUGUACCCGCGACUGUCUCAACUGUACCCUACCAUUUUUCAGCGAGGGUACAGUUGAGACAAAAGUGCACUUUUUUUAUUUGAUUGAUUGCAUAAAAAUUAGACACCUUCAAGAUAUAAAUCCUUGGUUAUAUUUUGGCACACACCCUGAAAAUAUGUUAAGUCUAAAAUAAUUUCUUUUUUGGUGUCUUUUAAUAGUCUAAUUUGUGUGAGGAAGCUGGUAAAAGUAAACGUGUAUCCAACUGUACUCAGUCUACCCUAUAUUGUGCUGUCUCAUCAAGUGAUA